AUGCUUGUACAAACCACCAGUGCGUCAGAACCUCCUUACAAUGAGCAACGUGCAAAGCGCCACUUGCGUGGUUGGCUGAGCUACGCUUUCGCAAGUGAGGUCUUUGUGGUAGUCUCCUUAACGCUUUUCCUCCCCAUUUGCCUCGAGCAGUUUGCACGGGAUAAUGGUGCCCUGCUUCCGGACAAGACGCUGCCAUGCACGACGGCCAAGACCGCGCCAUUGAACACAAGGGAUGAUGCUGAGGAGAGAUGCGUUGUCAAGAUAGGGUGGAUUUGGAUUGACAGCGCUAGCUUUAGUUUGUAUGUCUACUCAAUUUCCGUCGCGCUUCAGGCUUUGACAGUCAUUUCUAUGGGCGGGAUCGCGGAUCAUCCUCCUCACCGGAAGCGUGCUCUCCUCCUGUUCGCUGCCUUGGGCUCAAUAUCUGCGAUGCUCUUUCUCGCAUUACCGUCCUCUUCUCCGGUCUGGGCACUGGCGGCGCUGUUCGCCAUCCUGGCCAACGUCGGCUUCGGUGCAAGCGUAGUCGCAAUGAAUGCCUAUCUACCGACUUUAGCUCGUGAAGACAAAGAAGUCGUCGCGGCACUUGAGACCUUGCGUACCUCGGAGGAUGGGCACACAUCGGAGACGGACAGUCAAGAGCUAGCGUUUGACGAAAAUUCGCAUGAAGAGCCUCUCCUUUCGAGGAGAAAUGUAUCUAUGGAUGCCCAGGAGUUGCGAGAGAAGUAUACCACGCUAGUAUCCCAGACAACGUCUCGAAUAUCUGGAUCAGGUAUUGCCCUGGGAUACUUUGCAGGGAUUGUCGCUCUCAUUAUCGCUUUAAUACCUGUAACGUUGAUGAGAGGCUCGACCUUCUCCCUUCGUCUCGCUAUCUUUGCCAGCGGAUUAUGGUGGGCGCUCUUUACGCUUCCAGCAUGGUUAUGGCUUCCUGGUGCAGCAUCCGCGGAAAUGAAGGAAUCUUCGGAGCUUGAUAGUCGUUUCAGCUUGAAGCGUGAAUUAGGCAGAGCAUGGCGACGUCUCGGACAAAUGCUCCACUGGAGAGAAGUCAAAAGGUUAAAUCAUACAUUCCGUUUCCUCGGCGCUUGGUUCUUGCUUAGUGAUGGCUUCACAACCAUCACGUCUACCGCGCUUCUCUUCGGCAAGACACAACUCCACAUGUCUGCAGGUUCACUUGUAGUCGUCGGGCUACUUGUCAAUGCUGCAGGUAUCCUGGGUGCACUCGUAUGGCCACGAAUUCAACGCUAUCUCAAAUGGUCGAAUAAACGUAUCCUUAUCGUUCUCGUGUUACUCUGCAGCUUCAUCCCACUCUACGGAUGUUUCGGUUUCCUGCCUUUAUUCCACUCAAACAGUUCCGAGGCGAUAAACCUUCUCACGACUCCGCGUUUCGGUGGCCUAACAACCCCGGGCGAGAUGUUCGCUCUUGCCGUCUACUUUGGUACAGUCUAUGGCGCUUUCCAGGCGUAUGCACGUGCGUUUUAUGCUGAACUCGUUCCAAGAGGUGAAGAAGCAAGGUGGUACGCAUUAUACUCUAUCACGGAUAAGUCGAGUUCGUUUUUGGGACCGCUUGCUGUGGGGCUAAUAGCGGAUAGGACGGGGAAUAUUAGGUAUGCGUUUUUCUUCCUUGUGGGGAUGAUUUGGAGUGCUGUGCCGUUGCUUGGGAGUGUAAAUGUGGAGAGGGGGAGAGAGGAUGCGGAGCGGUAUGUUCAGCGAUGA